UUCAGUGUAGCUUAAACAUCGAUUUUUUUAUUGUUUUUUAAAAGUUUUUCUAAUGACACACACGUCAGUAUAUUGACAAUAAUUUUAAAGCAGAGUACACAAUUUGAAAAUAAACAUCUUGUGAUCGAUGUAGUAAUGGAGUUCAGUGUGCGACAUCAGGUACAAUAAUAAUUUGGCCUUCAACUACAUACAAAACACGCAACUGCAACAGAAAAAAUAAGAUCAACAUCACAAUAAUGUACCACCAAAUCUUACAAUACUUGCAAUUGCUAAUAAAAUCCGGCUCGAAGGACCAUUUGCUCACGUUCACUGUAUCGAGUCACGACCAAAUUUGCGUGUCGAUUGUCGUUUUAUUAUUGGCUCGCCAGCUACGUAGCAAAGAUGGCCACCGACACGUAAAUAUUUAGUGUAUUAGUAAUAAUGGAGGUGGCUUCGGACGCUCUAGAUUUCGAUUUUUGUUUUGUUGAUUCGCAGGUAGCCAAGCUAGCGGAACCCGAUGCGAUUUACGGCCGAGAGCUACAAGAACCGCUGGUGCCCGGGUCUUGUGUUGUCAUCAGAGGCACAAUCCGGCCGCAAUGUAAAAGAUUUGCAAUAAAUCUAAUCCACGUUAAAACCCCUUACAAAUCGGACAUUGUCUUCCAUUUUAAUCCUAGAUUAGCUUUAAGAUACAUAGUGAGAAAUUCUCGUAUAGGAAACUCGUGGGGAGACGAGGAGAUAACGUCCAUUGAAAAGUUUCACUUGGACAGGAAAAAAGCGUUUGAUUUGCAAAUCGUGGCCACACAAACCGAGUUUUUGGUAGCGGUAGACGGACGUCACGUGUGCGCUUACGUUUACCGCGUACCGUUGGAGAGAGUUAACAGAAUUGAAGUCGAAGCUAUCGACGUGGAAGGGAUUGAAAUAUUCAAACAAAUCAAAACUUAUCCGUCAGUGGAGGGAGCAAUUGAUGUUGCAGGCAUCGACCAAAAACAUGUAGAUCUCUAUCCGGAAUCCUCAAUAGAAAACAUCCCAUUUAUAGUUACGGAUCUAGAGACUCCGGCUGAUCAAAAAUUGGUGGUACCGAUAACAGCUGAAUUACCGAAGGGUUUCCAGGAGGGCUGGCAACUCGAGAUUAUUGGCAGAGUCAAAAUUCUACCAUCUUCUUUCUAUAUAAAUUUGCAACAAGGCAAGACGUUGUGGCCUCAUCCUUUGAUUCCUUUACAUUUAAAUCCCAGAUUUUAUACUUCCUAUGGGAAUCACCUUUUUGUCCGUAACGCCUGGAUGAACGGAGAAUGGGGUCACGAAGAGUGCACUCCAGGUUUCCAAUUUACUCCAGGUCAAAAGUUUCACUUGGCCAUCAGAAUGAAUCCGGACACUUUUGGGGUUUGGGUGGACGGUAUUUUGGCGGGUGAGUUUCAGUUUCGGACUCCCACUCAUACCAUCGAUACCGUUUACAUCCACGGUGACGUCCAAAUCCGGAGCAUUUGCUUGAAGGAUCACAUUGAUGAUAAGUAUUUUAGCAAGGGCAGAGAGAGGAUUAAUGUGAAGUUGUGAAAAAUAUAGGCUGUUUUAUAUUGUUAAUAAGUGGCCUUUACUUUUGUCAAUAAUUAUAAUAAUUAAAGGCUAUUAUUGCUGUGUUUUAUAUAUUUAAUACACACAUUUGUGUGGUUAUAAUAAUUAUUCAAUAUAUUUUAAAUUUGUGUUAA